AUUGUCUUAUCUACUGAAGCCAGCACACUGGGGCGUAGUGCCUCCUCAUCAGUCUCAUCAGUCUCAUCAGUCUUUGCUUUCUGUUCCUCUGAAGACUGAAGACAGUUAACUUCACUACAGCUAUGGCAGAUGGACCUUAUAAAUACAUUAGGGAUGCUGAUGGCAAAGUCAGCAGGGUGAUCCGUGUUGGCACCAGAAAAAGUCAGCUGGCUCGGAUUCAGACAGACAGUGUUGUAGAGAAACUCAAGGGUUUCUACCCUGAUGUUCAUUUUGAAAUAGUGGCUAUGUCAACAACAGGAGAUAAAAUUCUUGACACAGCUUUAUCCAAAAUUGGUGAAAAGAGUCUCUUCACAAAAGAACUGGAAAAUGCUUUGGAAAAAAAUGAGGUGGAUCUGGUGGUGCACUCUUUGAAAGACUUGCCGACUGUUCUUCCUGAAGGCUUCACUAUAGGAUCUGUGCUGAAGCGAGAAAACCCCCAUGAUGCUGUUGUCCUGCACCCCAAACAUAAAGGCCAAUGUCUAGAGUCUCUAGUCAACAAGAGUGUUGUAGGUACCAGUUCUCUUCGCCGGGCCGCCCAACUAAAGAAAAGAUUUCCAAAUCUGGAGUUUAAAGACAUUAGAGGUAAUCUCAACACUCGUCUAAAGAAGCUGGAUGAAAAGGAUGACUUUUCAGCCAUCAUUUUAGCAGCAGCUGGUCUUCGGAGAAUGGGCUGGGAGAAUCGCAUCAGCCAGAUCCUUGGGCCUGAUGUCUGCAUGUAUGCAGUUGGACAGGGUGCUCUGGCAAUCGAAGUGAGAGCUCGAGACCAGGACAUCCUGGAAAUGGUGUCAGUAUUAAAUGACUCAGACACUGUGUUGAGAUGCAUGGCGGAGAGAGCCUUCCUCAAACACCUGGAAGGGGGAUGCAGUGUUCCAGUUGCUGUUUACACUGAAGUUAAGAAUUCACAGCUCUACCUGACUGGAGCGGUGUACAGUCUCGAUGGUUCAGACAGUCUGAAGGAGACCAUGCAGACAAGCAUCAGCUCUGACAGUCAGGCUGAGGAAAAGGAGAAGGUUGAUGAGAAGGUCCAGCGUGUGGGCAUCACUGCAUUAAAGGUGUCAGAGGCACCUCAGGACGCCGCAGUGAAGUUAGGAGUGGACCUCGGGAAUCUGCUGCUCAGCAAAGGGGCCAAAGAGAUACUGACUGUAGCCAGACAGCUUAAUGAUGCGCGAUAGCUAUAUAAUAGUCCAAUAUUUGUAGCUGAAGACCAACCACCCCUUCCAGAAGUAUU